AGAUAAACCCACCGUGAGAUCACCAGGGUAGGGGAUAAAGGCACCGAGCACUGCUUUUCAUAUUUUAUCACCUCAUCAAAGAGAGGGUCAGCCCAGGAUGAACGGCGACUCAGGUGCCGCCGUGGUGACGGCCCCCCCUCCCACCACCGCCCCCCACAAGGAGCGGUACUUCGACCGGGUGGAUGAGAGCAGCCCGGAGUACCAGAGGGAGAGAAACAUGGCACCCGACCUGCGGCAGGACUUCAACAUGAUGGAACAGAGGAAGAGGGUCUCCAUGAUCCUCCAGAGCCCGGCAUUCUGCGACGAGCUGGAGACGAUGAUCCAGGAUCAGCUGCAGAAAGGGAAGACGCCCACGAGCCUGCUGGCUCUGCAGCAGAUUGCGGACUUCAUGAACACCAGCAUGCCUUCCAUGUAUCCCGCUGCGCCGCAGGGAGGCAUGGCGUCGCUCAACAUGAGUUUGGGCAUGGUGACUCCAGUGAAUGAUCUGCGUGGCUCUGACUCCAUUUCCUACGACAAGGGCGAGAAGCAGCAUCGCUGCAAGCUGGCUGCCUUCUAUCGGCUGGCUGACUUGUUCGGCUGGUCUGAGCUCAUCUUCAACCACCUCACAGUCAGGGUGAACUCAGAAGAGGAGCGCUUCCUAAUCAUCCCUUUCGGGCUCCUGUACAGUGAAGUCACUGCGUCCAGUCUGGUGAAGGUAAACCUUCAAGGGGAGAUAGUCGACCGGGGAAGCACCAAUCUCGGGGUCAACAUGGCCGGCUUCAAUCUCCACAGCGCCGUCUACGCCGCACGGCCCGACGUCAAGUGUGUCGUUCACAUACACACGGCUGCGGGUGCUGCGGUGUCGGCUAUGAAAUGCGGCCUGUUGCCCAUCUCACCAGAGGCCCUGUCCCUGGGUGAGGUGGCCUACCACGACUACCACGGCAUAUUGGUGGAUGAUGAGGAAAACGUCAUCAUCAAGAGGGACCUCGGGCCGACUAGCAAGGUGCUCAUCCUGAGGAACCACGGCUUGGUGUCCGUUGGCGCAACAGUGGAGGAAGCUUUCUAUUACAUGCACAAUCUGGUCACCGCCUGUGAGAUCCAGGUGAGAACGCUGGCCAGCGCUGGAGGGCCAGAUAAUCUGGUGCUGCUGGACCCAACCAAAUACAAGGCGCGCUCGCGGGUCCCAGAGCCGGCGAGCGACGGGUCCUCCACACAGCUGAAGUGGCAAGUCGGGGAGCAGGAGUUUGAGGCUUUCAUGAGAAUGCUCGACAACUUGGGCUACAGGACGGGCUACCCUUACCGCUGCCCGGCGUUGCGUGACAAAGCUAAAAAGUACAGUGACGUGGAGAACCCUGCCCCCGGCCACGGUGGUUACUCCUACGGGGAGGACAGCGACUCAGGCGCUCGCUCCCCGCUGAAACAGAGCUUCCAGCGCGGCCAGCGCGACAAGACCCGCUGGCUCAAUGCCGGCGGCCGACCCGACGAGCCCUGCGAGAACGGGCCCGACGGCAGCAGCCCCAUGUCGAAGUCUAAGGUGUGGACGAACAUAACACACGAUCACUUCAAACCCUUGCUGCAGUCUCUCUCGUCCGGUGUCUGCGUGCCAAGCUGUAUUACCAACUGCUUGUGGACAAAGGAAGACGGAGUCCGCCCGGCUGCCACAGCCAAUCAGUUCAUCCCAAUGAACACCAACCCAAAAGAUGUCCUGGAAAUGAGGAACAAGAUCCGGGAGCAGAACCUGCAUGACAUAAAGACAGCAGGGCCCCAGUCACAGGUUCUGUGUGCCGGCACUGUCGUGGACCGUAUCUUCAACCAGGACGCCCCUCUGUCUGACUGUACAGACACUAUUGAUGGCCUCGAUGUGUCCGAGGGGUCCUAUAGUCCUGCUAAAUCAAUUAGAAAGGGGGAGCUAGUGACCGCGUCCAAGGCCAUCAUCGAGAAGGAGUACCAGCCUCGGGUUAUUAUCAGCAAGCAGGGCCCCAACCCCUUCAACAAACUCACCGACCAGGAUAUGGAGGAGUACCGCAAGGAGGUGGAGCAGAAACAGAGAGGGCCUGAAGAUUCCCCGCACAAGGAGUUCCACUGCGCCGUGCUGAGAGCCCUCAGCAAGGAACCCCCAGUGGUAGAGGCAGAUCAGGCUCCAGACUUGGAGCCGCUUGUAGAGCCUGAGGAAAAGGAAGAGCCACAAAGCCAGAAACCCACCACCACGCCUCCCAGCACCCCCGUCAGAUCAGAGGAAGAGUCCUUGCCGGAACAGACGCAGACCUACGAUGAGAGCGACGCCGCCACCAUGAGACAGACCCUUCCAGACUUGACACCUGAUGACCCCUUUGAUGCCCCGGCACUUCCCGCCGAGGAAUCCGCUUCCGUCCCCGCCGGCGCCGACGCGGCUGAGGGGGAGGAACCCGCCGAGGCCGGCGACCAGGAGGGAGACGAGUCUCCCAGCAAAUCGCCGUCCAAAGAAAAAGAAGUUCCGCACACCUUCCUUCCUAAAGAAAAACAAAAAAAAAGACUGAGCCCUAGAUUGGAGAACGUCGGAUCGGUCCUCGAGGCGGUCUUCUGCCUCUUUUUUUAAUUUUCGCUUUCUGUCUGCUACCACCGCACCCUUCGAGCAAGCCACAGUAACACACAGUUAUGCUUUUAUGUUAUUGUUUUGAUAUAUUUUGUCGCUGGCUUAUUAACCUAUUUUUCCUCGUUAGUGUGUGCCAAUUUUGUAUUCAGUGUAAAAAUGAUGGAUUGCAUAAAGGUUUUUAAAUAUUUGGGGCUUUUUAGCUGCGAGUGAACGAUGCAUACAUCCCGUCUUCUCCACUCCAUCUGGCCUUUGAUGCAUGUCUAAUACUACAGGCCCGCACACUUAAUGUGAAGUUUUAGGGUUGUAUUACUAAACUGUUGUAACCACUAGAAUGUAUUGGGAUUGUAUCAAACAUAUGUAAGUGUCUUUUAAAAGCUAUGAAUACAGAAAGAGAAGCGUCUUCGCUCUCAUUUAACUGGUGGUCGUUUUUGAUCGUUACAACGACAAAUGAAAUGGUUCUAAUUUGACCACUGAAGCUGUGCAUCCAUGUAAUUACAUGUCAGCAGGCCCGGAGAACUACAGUUGGGAUACUUUCAGUUGAUUAUUUAUGGAAAAUGCAUUCAUACAAAGUCUAUAUUAAUGUCUACAUAAUCCAGCAUUUUUCAUUAAAUCAUCCACAAGCUAAAUCUCAUCUGGGUGUUGGUUGACUUUUUAUUUUUUAUUUUUAAACUCUAGAUCUUCGACCCAAGCAUUUAGCGCAGCCUUAACUUCCAGGUAUGUUUCGAGCUUUAGGUUCUCAUGUGAUGUGGAAGUCCCACAACCAGAUUAGCUGCUGCAAACCUGCAGAUUAUAAUGUUUGGACCUGCUGAUGUUGAGCAAGCAUUGUAUUUUUUUUCCAAGUGUUAAUGACGUAUUGGCUUUAAGUGAUUAUUAGGACUUAUACAGAUGUAAAAACAUAUUCCCUUUUAUGUUUCUAAUUAUUUGAGCUUUACCUUGUUUUUACCACUUGAUAUCUCGCCAUCUCUUUAAAAGUCAGAAACUAAUACUAUGAAUUGUGUGAGACUUUAUUCUUGGUUAUGUCAUUAUUUAGCUUUUUUUGACCGAGUAGAUUGAGUCAUGAUGAACUUCCUCCAUUUUAUAAAUCACUGGGAACUCCUACCACUCACUAUGAUCAUAAACAUAGACGCAGCUGUUGCAUAACUCUCUCGUCACUGUGCCGAAGCAUGUUCAACAUGGACUUCCUCGAGUUAAACUGUUCUUCGCGGGUAGACUGUCAAUGGACACACGGUGCACUGGGGAACCCUUUAAAAAAUAUAUUUAGCUGACGGGUAAUCAAUGAAGUGAUUGCAAACGAGUGUUACGGUCGUCUCCAUGCGUUGCCAACCUGUGUUUAGUCAUCGUGCUUUGGUAAAAGGUCUUCAGACGAUCUAACUUGUGGGGAACCAGAAGGCAAAACUAACGUGAAGCUUCACCUUAUCUGAGACGCUAAAUGAUGAAUGCAUUCACGCUGAUGAUGCAUGUGAAGAGUGCUUAGAGUGUGUCCUGUUCAUUUAAAGGAGUGCAAAUAUCCCUUUUCAUUUGAAAUGUAUUUUAUUUUAGCUUCAGUAACUUAAGUGCUCAGUCAGUUUUCUUUCUCGCCGCUUUGCUGAAUUGUAUUCUCUGUCUAAUCUUCCAAUUGAAAUGUGUCUCUGCAUCAUCUGCAGAUGUAUCACUUCCACCUCUGUUUUCUCAUGGUCCUGCCUCUUUUACCGCCAUGAAUAAAAGAAAAACACUUACCCUGAAAAUCUA